UCACAUUAGUUAUUGAAUCAUUUAUUUUCCUAAGAAGUGUUAGAUAUAUACAAAAUUAGAUGAUUAAUUAUAGUUGUUUUUCGUAUUACUAUUCGCUAAAGAAUGUGCACAUUAAGAAGAGUUUUUAGACAAAUAUUUAUUGCUAAUUAAUGGUAGUGUGAACAUAAUGUUUUGAUAAUUUAGACACAACCCUUCUAAUUUAAAUUCCAGAAGUAACUUCGGCAUAAUUAGUGCCUGUAGUUAGUGCCAAAUUUAGGUAACCUUUAGGGGCAAAGAUUAACGAAACGAAAAGAAAAUGACGCUUAAAAAGUAAUUUUAUCAAUUAUGGAGCAUAAAUUUUCAUAAAUCAUUUAUAACCUAAUUCAACGGAAUUUCUUAGUGUAAAGUAGUGAAAAUGUCGAUUAGCGCUAGUGCUGAAAAUUUAACUGCUGAAGAGCAGCAUUAUGACGGUUCGAGCAAUAUGUGUCUUGAAUUGGCUUUGGAGGGUGAAAGAUUAUGCAAAGCAGGCGAUUGCAGGGCAGGGGUGGCAUUUUUUCAAGCAGCUAUUCAAGCAGGUACUGAUGACUUACGAACCCUAAGCGCCAUUUACAGUCAAUUGGGAAAUGCUUAUUUCUAUUUGGGUGAUUAUGUUAAAGCCAUGCAGUACCAUAAACAUGAUCUAACACUUGCAAGGACAAUGGGGGACAAAUUAGGAGAAGCAAAGUCAUCGGGCAACCUUGGGAAUACCCUCAAAGUAAUGGGAAGAUUUGAUGAUGCUGUGGACUGCUGCAAAAGACAUUUGGAGCUGUCAAGAGAGUUGCAAGAUAGACAAAGUGAAGGCAGGGCUCUUUACAAUUUGGGAAAUGUUUAUCACGCAAAGGGGAAGCAUAUUGGGAGGGUUGGGCAAAAAGAUCCAGGAGAAUUUUCUGAUGAAGUGAAGGAAUGUUUGCAACAAGCUGUUGCUUAUUAUGAGGAAAAUUUGGAGUUGAUGCGCGAAAUAGGGGACAUAGCGGCACAAGGAAGAGCUUGUGGAAAUCUAGGGAAUACUCACUACCUUUUGGGAGACUUCGGGCAAGCGAUAAGGUACCACGAAGAACGUCUUUCCAUAGCAAGACAGUUUGGAGAUAAGGCUGCUGAAAGAAGGGCUCACAGUAAUCUCGGAAAUUCUCAUAUCUUUCUUGGACAGUUUGAAGAAGCUGCUCAUCAUUAUAAACGAACUUUAGCUUUAGCACAGGAACUUGGGGACCGUGCAGUAGAAGCACAGGCCUGUUACAGCCUGGGAAAUACUUAUACCCUAUUACGAGACUACGAGACUGCUGUCGAAUACCAUCUAAGACACCUUCUCAUUGCCCAACACCUUUCAGACCAGGUAGGCGAAGGACGAGCCUGUUGGUCCCUCGGGAACGCCUACGCUGCCCUAUCGAACCACGAGAAGGCCCUUUAUUUUGCUACCAAACAUUUCGAAAUUAGCAGAGAGUUGGGCGACACAGUAGGUGAGUCUACUGCUAAGUUGAAUAUAGCAGAUUUACGCAAAGUGAUGGACUUACCAUCAACUCCCGACUCGGGUGAUGGGAUUAAUGAGUUAAAAUCUAAUAGUGAAGGAACAGAUUCGACUAGUGGUCUCAGACAACAGAACGGGGUUGAAGAUGCGUCGUCGGGACAGCGUAUGCACAGGGUGAGACGCGAAAGCAUGGAACAGCUCAGUCUUAUUAAGAUGACGCCGGACGGUAAGCAACCCCCGCGGGGUGCACUGACGGUUCAAUCACCUCCCACAGUCUCCAUAGCUCCCCUUGGAUCGUCUAGAAAUGUCGAAGAUGAUUCGUUUUUCGAUUUGCUAUCCCGUUUUCAGUCAAAACGCAUGGAUGACCAGAGGUGUUCUCUUAACAUUGACAACAAAGAGAACACUAAUAUGGUUAACAUACCGUCUUCAACUACAACGAGGUCAGGAGACGGACCGGACGACCUUUUAGACAUGAUUGUUGGCAUGCAAAGUAAACGAAUGGAUGAACAGAGGGUUGCAUUGCCCCAUCUACCAGGACUGCAAACAAAUUCCCUCCAAAGAUUGGCUGUUGAAGUUAAUCGUAACAAUGUUCCCGACGACUCUUUUCUUGACCAACUCGUUCGGUGUCAAGGUUCGCGUUUAGAGGAUCAGCGGUCGCCCCUUCCUGCUCCAGCUGUCGACGUGGAGUCUGAAGAACCUCCUCCGACGUCGUCGAAAAAGAGCGGGGCUACUGUUCCAGAUGAAGACUUUUUUUCGCUUAUAAUGAGAUUUCAAUCGGGACGUAUGGACGAUCAAAGGGCCGCGGUACCUCGAAUUGAACACAGGAUGGCAAACGGUAAUGUACCUCACGCUCAAAAUGGUUCAAUCAACUCAAAUUCUAAUGGCAGCAGCAGCAGCAGUAGCAACAACACUGGCGGUAAAAAAAAGAACAAAUAAUUGUUUUUAUUUUUCAAAAAGACGAUUAUUUCAACGAUGAAGACAACAGCUAAUUGACCAACGCGACUUUUUAUAAUAUAGCACUUUCUAUUAUUUAUAAUUUUGUUUGUCUGGACACAUACAAAUUUGCAGUAGAUAGGUACAAAUUGAUGUACAAAAAUGUACAUUUAAACGAUAAAAGUCUUAUGAAAUUGUUAAAUGUUAUUUACAAAAUGGAAAUGAUUGCUUAUAAAUGUGGUUUGUUAAUAUUAAAUUUAUUGAUAAAGUUUAUAAACUGCCAAUGUAUAUCGGUUCUUAGAUUUGUUUCAAAGAAACUUGAAUUAUUAGCUAAUAGGAGGUUUGUAAUAUACAAAUUAAAUGAUCAUAAUAGUCAAUAUGGGUGAUUUGCCCUUGUGGUUGUAAGCCUCUUGUUUUUUUUUGUGCAAGAACUCGUUUACUUCCAAGGGAUUAGACCAAAACUUGGUAUUGGUGUGCAAGUAAGAACAUAUUUUAUUGUUCAACUGUUUACAAGUAAAAUAGAACAUUUUUCUUGUUGGAUAUAUUUUUUGUGAUAAAGCAAAUUUCAGUGGUGUAACGAAAAUGUAAAACCUAUACUUUUAAAGGCAGCUCCUCCAUAUUGACUGGAAUGUGAUUUGUAAAUUAUAAUAAUCAAAAAACAAGAAAGAUCUGACUAAUGAUAUACAGUAUUUAUAUACAUAAUUUUGAUUUAAAUAAUAAUAAUUUCUUUCUCCAAUAGUAUAUAGCUAUUUUAACUACUCUCCACUUAAACAUUGGAUCUCGUUUAUUUUUUUAAAAAUUUUUUGUGCCAAUUGCAAAAUAAUUACUGAACAGUAUUGUUUAUCAUAUUAAAAAAAAAACUAAUCCAUCCUUCCAUUAACUUUACGCAGUAGCUUAUAAAAAAAAACGUUAACAAGAAGACUGCAGCUUUUGUUUAAGACUUAAAUAUUUUUCUUGUUAUAGUUUUGAUAAAUUAGUUUUCUUUAGGAAAAAAAAAGCAAUUCGAAACAUAACUGAAGAAAUUAACAAAGAAUUAUCUAAAUAGUAUUUCUUUCAUUUCUUAAAUAUGUAAUUUUUAUUUAAGUUGUAAAUAUCGAGAAUUUUAAGAGUGUAGUAAUUAUAAAUCUUAUAUUAAAGUAUUUAUAAACCACGGUAGGUCUUUUUUGGGAACCUAAUUAUGCAUUUUGUUCCGAAAAAAUUAAAGAGAUAGUUAGUGCCAAUAUUAGAGGGAAUUUUUUCAUUACAAUAUAGGUAUAAGGAUAGGAAAAAUUUGUUGUAUUUAAACGCAUUUUAUGACGAUGAUAUAUAUAUGUUUCACGGUAAUUAUUAUUUUUAAAUGUAUUAUAUAUAUAUAUUUGUUUUAUUCUUAAUUUUUGCAACAGUGUAGAAAUAAUAUUGUUAAUUAUUAUUUCAAAUGUGUGUGUGAGCUAACCAAAGAGUACAUAUUUCCGAAAUUUUAACAGAUGCAAAUAUUAUAUCAAGAAUAAAUGCCUUCAUAUUUAAGCAUAAAUUAAUGUGCGACAUUGUGGUACAAAUUGUAUUAAAAUAAAUCCUGAAAAAAAUUGGA